AAUUGAAACACCACAACUGAAAAUGAAACAAGUUAAAGUUCCUUCCUGGGUUGACGCAGAACAUUUUGAAGAUAUUCUAAAAUCUGAUUUUCCCGAUUUCGAAAAGAUUACCAAUAUCACUGCCAACUCAGCUACCAAAUCUGGUGAUAAUUAUGCCUCUAGCUUGCUAAGAGUAAAAGUUGAUGCCUUGCUAAAGGACGGCAGCAAUGUUACCAAAUCAUAUAUCCUCAAAUUCCCACUCGCAUCUGAAGAAGAAAAUGACAUGGUUUCCGUAUGGAAUUUCUUUAAAAAAGAAAUACUUAUGUAUACAAAAUAUUUACCAGAAUUUGAAGAAUUAUAUUCGAAAUAUAAUUGUAAAGUACAUUUUGGACCUAAGGCAUAUAAAUUCAGCAAAGAUGUUGGUACCGAUGUGAUAAUUAUGGAAGAUCUCUCUGAGAGUGGUUUUAAAUGUGGCAACCGACGUGAAGGUUUGGACAUGACUCAUACCCAAUUGGUCCUUACCAAAUUGGCUCAAUUCCAUGCUGUAUCGGCAAAAUAUGUUGAAGUGAAUGGUCCCUUCCCAGAACAACUGCACAAAGGUAUCUACACCGAAGAAAGUCGAGCAAUGUUUGAACUCAUCGAUAGGAAAAAGUUUGCUGCAUAUUUCAAUGAGUUCGAGAACAAUGAGGGGUAUUUGGAUAAAGUGCCCACUCUCUUAGAUAAUAUGAUUGAUAUAAGUAUUCGCUUAGGCCAGGUUGAUCCAACAGAAUUCAAUGUUCUGAAUCAUGGUGAUAGUUGGCUAAAUAAUAUCAUGUUUAAACACGAUGAAACCGGCCAAAUUGUGAAUACCUAUUUUGUUGAUUAUCAAGUCUGCAAAUACGACUCCCCAGCCCAGGAUCUCUGGUACUUUAUAAUGUCUUCGACAGAACAAUCAAUAAAGGUAGAUAGUUUCGAUUAUUUCAUACGUUAUUACCAUGAACGAUUGGUAGAACAUUUGAAAAUGUUGGAAUAUGCUGGAUCGAUACCAUCG